AUUGAAAGGCAUUUUCCCGCUAUCGACGGCAACGUUCGGUUGGAACAUCUCUGUGUGUCGUGAGAAGCAAGAUGGUGUUGUCUCUAGGUCGUUGGGUCGGGAAGGUCGCUGUGGUCAGCGGCGCGAGCGCAGGAAUAGGGGCCGCCAUUGUCACGGAGCUGGUUAAGAAUGGACUCGUGGUGGCGGGACUGGCUAGAAGAAAGGAAAAAGUGGAAGAACUGUCGAAGAAGCUGAGCGGCGAGAAAGGCAAACUGGUCGCAGUGCAAUGCGACGUCACCAAAGAGUCGGACAUCGUGACCGCGUUCGAAUACGUGUUGAAAAACUUGGGGCCUACGCAUAUCCUAGUGAACAACGCAGGAUUGGCGCAAGCCUCGUCCCUUAUCGACGGAGACACUCAAGCAUGGAAACGGGUCCUCGAUACGAACGUCCUCGGUUUGUCCAUCGCGACGAGGGAAGCCAUUAAACAAAUGAAGGCCAACAACAUCGACGGUCACGUGAUCCACAUUAACAGCAUCACGGGGCACAAAGUCGUCAACUUUCCAGGCGCAAGCGUUUAUCCCGCCAGCAAGUACGCCGUUACCGCUCUGGCUGAAACUCUCAGACACGAAAUCAACAGUCAAAAUCUUAAAAUCAAAAUAACGAGCGUGAGUCCUGGGUACGUAGAGACCGAGUUCAUCGAAGUUUUUUCAGGAAAAACCGCCAAGGAUCUGGGUUUAACUCAAAGCGGUCUGAAAGCUGAAGACGUGGCAGAUGCGGUGGUUUACGCUCUAUCUACGCCUCCACACGUGAAUGUUUCGGAGGUGACAGUUCAAAUAAUUGGUGAAGCGUAGAUCCGGUCGACGUUCCUCUUUGACAACUCACAACAUUUCGCAUUUCAAUAAAGCAAAUUUGUACUAA